AUGGAGACAACUAAUGAUACCACAAAAAUCCUGGGGAAAGGUCCUGAAUACCUUCGUAAACAAAUGGAUUUAGAGAGUGAGACAAAAGGACGCAUGAGUGCUGUGGAGAGGCUCGCCGCAAGUAAACCAAAAUACGUCAAAAGCCAACAGGUGGUUAACUCAACUCAGGAGCCAGUGAUUAGCCUUGGAUCGGCCUCUGUGAGUAGCACUGGGUCCUCUAACCGAAGCUCACACCGGGAUGGGAAUCUUCCUACAGGGAGUGACUUGAGAGGGAAUACACUCACUGUGCAAAUCUCUUCACCAGUGCAGGCACAUCGCUCCAGCGCCAAAAAACGACCAGACUCUCUUCUAAUUUACAGACAGAAAUGUGAGUUAUUGAGAGGGCCAGCAAAUGAACGGAAACAUCAUAUAACCCGUAAGUUGUUGCUCAACCCUGUGAAUAAAAAUGCCCCAUUAUCCGAGGGGACAGAUAAGGAAUGUGAGUCUCAGGGCAACGGGGGAAAAAUCACCACGCCUAAGGAAACAGCAAAGGAAUGGAAUCCACAUGUAGUUAUCUCUAAACCGGAGAGCAAUGGAGUGACAGAAGAGUGCAGAAUCAAGAACAGUGACUCUGGUACAAAACCUAAGGCUGGAGUUGUAAAUGCAUCUAGUGGUCUCCUGACAGUUCCUGAGGUUGAAAGGAGGUCUGGCAAAGGAGUCAGUCGUUCUCACUCUGAUAUCAGCUCCAGGUAUUCCAAAAACUUUGCAGACUUUGAUGUUUUUUUCAAGUACUGCGGGCUGGACGGUGAGGUCAUUGAGUCUUUGGGGAAGGACAACUUCUCGGCUCGCUCAGAUGAAAUUGCAAUAAUGGUUCGGAGUGUCAGUGUUUCCACGUCAGAUGAUGGCUUUUCCAGGAACAGUAGUGACAGCGAUGCGCUCAUGGAGGAAAAGCUGCACGAGAAGAUACGUCAAGAGACCUCAGUUAUUGAGCGCAACGCACGGAUUAUCAAGUGGCUGUACAGCUGUAAAAAUGCUAGUGACACUGGAAAAAAGUUACGAGAUCUUCACUGA